CUUUUAACUCAGCAGUUCAUGUAAUUUUUUCGUUACCAAAUUGAAAAUCAGGUUCUCGCAACUGUAUCAAAUAGAUUUUUUUGAAAAAAAAAUCAGCUCAAAUUAUCCAACCAUGUUCAAUAUUCAGCCCAAAUCCAAAUUUACCGAUCGGAAGUCUUCGUGGCAAUCUGAGAAUGAAAUUUUUGAUGCGAAAUAUAAAGCUGCGGUGAAGGCGUACCACAACUACAUGGAGGGUUUUCAUUUCAUGCUCUCUGAGAAUGAACGAAGAAUGGGUAAAAUUCUUAUGCGUCGUGCCAUUCCUCUCUGGUUCCAAGAGCUUUCAAACGAACAAAUUAAAACAAUUGAUCAACUUUUGACGGAAAUCCGGGAUGAUUUGGAUGAGGAUACCGUUCAUCGCUGUCAGGCUGUCAUACGUCAUUUGGGCGUUUAUCCGCUUUGUCCGUCGACGGUUUUUCGAAAAGCUUUGAUAUUUUCACGUGGGAAUGAUUUAUCCUUCAUUUGGUUCCUGCUUGAACUGUUCUACUCUAAAAGCGAAACUGAUGACAUGGUCGUUGAUUACACCAACAAUGAACGUUUGCUGAUGUCCUCGAUCUGCCACCUGGAUAUGAUGACCACGUUAAGAGGUCUGGAAUCAGUUCUCCCACCACCAAACCAAAAGGAAGAGAAAUGUUCAUCAUCGUGUAGUCACCACGAAUCAUUCGAUUGGACAUCGGAUACUCGUUAUUGCUCUCCCUAUUUGAAACCGUUACAUGUCUCGGAACCUCGUUCUGCAGAAAUCCAUAAGUUUCGUCCGAGAGUGGCAUUUUGCAUCGCUCGCUAUGAGCGCUAUCGUGAUCCGGAUUUCGUUAUUCCAAACGAGGCUUCCCGUUGGUUUGCAAAGCAAACACGCUCGAAUCAAACCUCGUUUGAUAGCGUUGAGAAGACCAAACGAAGUGUUCCUCUGACCAGCGCUUGCGAUAGUGCGGAGGUGAUUGUGAAGGAACUGUUGAACGACCAAAUAGCGCUGAUGGUUGGUCGGGAGGUUGAUCGGAGGGAACUUUGCAGGAAACAUCAAGAUAUGGAAAAGAGACGCCAGAAGUUGAUGAAUUUGCUGACUAAGAGAACGAAAGUGAGGGAGCAGCUCACCGACGGAGCCGCCCGCAUUCGUGCCGAGCGGAAGCAUGCCGAACAAAUUAUUCGCGAAAACCGUAUGAUCCAGUUAUUGCUUCGUAGGAUAGUUGACCACGCGAUCAUCUCCUGCAUGCUCACCCCGAGGAGCAAUUGCCCCGAGUGUUGGGCAUCGUACGAGCGCCAGCGCAGACUACUGGCUGGCACCAAAUGUUCUUGCGAGGGGGAGCGUGGUGUUUUCUGCAUGAGGAGCAUGCUGGAGGUUAAUCAAAGUACGGCACAGAAGUAUUUUAAGUGUGGCUGCGGGGGUGUGCCGUACCAGUUUGACUACAAGAAAAUUCUAGAAGACGACAGUAUGCGACCAGUUUGUCCAGUGAAAAAGGCCAUUCGAGUGGCACUCGGGAUGGAGGAAGAUGACUUGGACGAAGGACAGGCCAUCGCGCGGUGUAUGAAGGAGAUGUGGCGUUGUGAACUGAAGCUGUGGAAUGACAAAUUUUUGAAAGGUCGUGAGGACGUUCGGAACAAAGCUACUGGAAUUGAUAUGCUGGAUUAUGAGUUUGUCGAUUCCAAGGAUCCAGUGUGUUUACAGAAUCUAUUGAAGAGAGCUCUGCUUAAGCUAUGCGAAGAUUCGAAAUAUGUCCUAGCGACGUUUCCAGAUGCCUACAAGAUUCCAUUUUUGAACUCGUGGAUUCAAAAUUACUACGGAGCACGAGUCACCCAAAAAACCAAAGAUGACACAUUACAAGAAAGUAAAUACUUCUGGGAUUGGCUCAUACCAAAGGCGACCGCAAUGCGAUGGCCGGUUUGCAAGGAUCUGGGAAUGCAAGGGAGGGUUAACUGGAAUUACAAAAAACGCCUGGAAAAUAAGGCUCAACAAGAAUUAGCCAAAUUUUAUCGCAAGUUCAAAAGAAUUCAAAUGCAGGAAGCCCGUCUAUACUGGUCAACUAUGGACCCUUACCACACCAAUGUGGAUCGAUUCCGUCAAGUUUUCUUCGAUUAUUUGCCGAACUGUGAACCACUGAUAGGGCCCAUGAUUCGUCCUUGGCAUCCUUUUGAGUAUCGUCCGGUUUCGAAUGUAUUGAAGGGCAGUGAUAGUAAAACGCAAUGUUAGGUGUUCUCUAACAUCUCCAUCUUCUAAAUUUAUAUUUGUAUUUUGUUCGUAGCUUACACUGGUACUAUUUUAGUUCACUAUAGAUCUCUUGUGCUCUAAUUCUGGUUUAUAAUUAUUUUCAAUUAUUUUGUCAUACAAAUAGUUACAAGUGGCCAUAACUUAGUAUCUAACAAGUAAUAUCACAAUUGAUUUCUACUUUGCGGUAGCACUGGGAAGCAGUUGUCGGUGAGUGGGUGAACUUCCUUUUUUCGUGCAUUUACAUUUACCAUAUCCCAUGUUUAUUAUGUGGAAUGUUAGAAAGAAAACAUUACAAGACGAAUGAGUGUUCAAAGUUUACAUUUUAAAGUGUUUUAGACGUCGAUUUAAAUAAGUGUUCCUUUGGGUGUUUUCAGAUUACUUGAAUUCCAUUGAAUUUUCAGGGAUUCCAAGUGUACUCAUACAAAACAAAAAAAAACUUUAUUCUUCACACUCACGCAUUAAAAAGGUUAUUCACCCGUCAAUAGUUGUUUGUGGCUUACUCAAUAUAUGAAUAUCUGUUCCCUAAACUCCAUUACUUUUCAACGGUUCUCUAGCAUCUGACGCCUGUUCAGUAUCUCUUUCCUUACUUCUCAUUAUCCAAAACCAGUUUCGCUGCUGGAAGUAAUCUUCGAUGUCGUGUAGAGUUCUUCCCUUGGUUUCGGGCAGCAUGAGAUACAUCAGGAGCGAGGCCCCGAAAGACGCGGUGCCGAAAAUGAGGAACAGCCCCUGCGUUCGGAAUGCUUGCUUGGCGUACGGAAAUCCUUUGGCUACCCCAAACAGUACGAGAUUGAAUACUGUAAAUAAAUACCCCGCUAUCCGUCCUCGGAUUUUGGCCGGCAAAAGCUCUCCGAUCAUGAUGCCAGGCAUUGUCAUGAAGCCGGUGUUGGUGCCUAUGUAGAGUAGGAUGAAAGCAGCGGCCACAUAGGUGUCAAUCGGCGUUUUAAUGGCGUCCAGACGCACAUACAUAAAAAUGGAAAUCGCUAAACAGCUGAUCCCAGAUCCGAUUCCGCUGCCGAUAACCAUCAUCCGGCGCGGCAUUACCAGUAGCAAAAAGCAGUACAGGAAGGUGAAGGCAAGCCGAACGGCAGCUGUGAGAACUGCCGCCUGCAUUGUGUUGAUAUCGGUUCCGCCCAUGUCGGAAAUAAUGUCGACCGCGUAGAAUACUACCAGGUACGUUCCGGAAAGUAUUUGUAGAAUGUGGAAUCCGUUGAUAAUGAUCAGUGGUUUGAUGAGUGAGACUUCCGUCAACGUUUUCCAGAUGCCCCCGUUGGAGCCUUCCUGAGUUUCACUCUCGAAUCGUUCGAUCAGUUGAAGCAACUCACGUUUUGCCUGGAUAGGACUACCACGCAACCAAGUAAGUGCUCUGGCGGCUUGCUCUAGUUUAUUGUUUCUAGCGAGAUAAACCGGAGUCUCGGGAGCGAAUGCGAGCGCCACAAAGGACAGUAUCGGAAGAAUGAUGCCACCCCACGCCACUUCUCUCCAAUGAAGAUAACUGCCCAUCGCAUAGACCAACAGUAUUCCCAUGGAGUAUGAGACAAAGGGAGCGCCGAUCAGAAGCCCACGCAAACGCGGUUCAGCGAUCUCUGCCAGUAGUACCUGCGAAAGAGAGAGAGAGUGGAUACGAUUAAUGUGUGUUUCGGGAUUGGUUCAAUUUGAAUAUUUGAGCGCUAAGGUUUCGUCCAUACAUUCCUCGAUGGUUUCAUUCCAAAGCUAAAUUCAGUCGAAGAUGUAUGUAAUCUCUGGACCGCCUGUAAUGUUAGCAGGAAAAAGCACUUAGAAUCGUUUAGCCUUCGUCAUUGACAAUGUCGCGCUGCACUCACCCACCCUUCUUUGCACUGGUUUCGGUAAACGGUAAACGUUGCUAACCUUGACCUGUUUUUGUGGGUCUCUUCCCGACCACGCGCGUUUUGUUUUGUAUGGAUGUAUUGAAUUUGCAUUCUCGUUGCAAUGGUAAGGUCAGGGUCAUUAACCGCGC